AUGGAGGUCGAUGCUAGUUGCCCUUUCUGCAACCGGGAGUCUGAGACUUUGAUCCACGCUUUUUUUGGCUGCUGUCACGUGGCUCCUUACUGGUUUGCAUUGAGUUUGAGCUUCAGAUUUGAUGCACUUUCUGCGCAGCGACCUUUGGAGUUCAUUCAUGUGGCGGCCCAGAUUUUUGAGGAGUUAGACGCUGAGGCCUUACGGGUUCUGUUGACGGGUUGUUCUGCAAUUUGGGAGCGCCGGAACAUAUUUAUUUUUCAGGGUGAAGUGCUGGACAUUGCUUGGCUACUCAAUCGCUUGCGGAUGUUGCUCGAAACCGCUGUUGUGAAGCCGAGGAGAUCAACCCAAGUGACGCUCCAAGGUGACAGCCGUUGGGUUCCACUGGGUGAGGAUGGAGAGGGAAGCUUGCUGGCAGCAGCUUGUGGACCGACAACACCUGCUUCUUCACCUAUCUUGACAGAGACUAUUGGUUUGCGCUGGGCACUUUGCAAGGCUCUUGCUUUUGGGUUCACAAACGUUGUUUUUGAAUCCGACUGUCAAGUGCUUUUCAAGGCUUGGAAUGGAAAAACUAAGGAGAUUUCUUAUUUUGCUUCUGUUCUCGAUGAUUGUAGGUCUAUUGCUUUGUCUUUUGAGUCUUUUACUUUCAGUUUCAUUACGAGAACGGGGAAUCAAGCGGCUGAUUUUGUAGCAAAAUUAGCGUAUAAUUUUCCCAAUGUUGACUGA